GCCGUGAAGUUACAACACCACAGGAACUUGCACUCUCCAGUUGUAGAAUACCCUGGAGAGAAAUGACACCAGGAAGAUUACAAAACGCCCCUGCAGACCUGAGGCAUACCAUCAAGACACAGCAUAUUUCAACACGGCAUCUCACUUGUUGCAGGCUCGUAAGGGCUCCCUGACUCGCUGCGGUUGAGAAAUCGAACAAAAAAAAAGGGGAAAAAAGAAGAAGAAGAAAAAAAAAAAAACAACGCAAAAGCCAAACCUCUUUUCAUUCAUUAAGCGCAUCGGCCAGCUCACUCCUCUCUGCGCUGCGUGUAGUCGCUCACCUCACGUCAGUUUGUGUCCCGCUGUGACAGGAGUAAAUGCUUUUCUGAAAAGAUUCUUAGCGGUGACGGAGAUGGUAAAACAAAGACUGCAGUGAAACCUGUUUUCUCCCAGAAAAAGAUGAUCGGAAGAAGGAUGAUUCUGUGAAACUGAAGGCAUUUGUCAAGGACUGCGACUUGCUGCAAGACAAAAACGCAACAUGUUUGACCAACUGCUUCUUUUGUGAAGAAGAAACACUCUUGUUAAAAAAUUAUGAAUUUGCCAUGGCUGAAUAAUACAGCAGCCUCAAGACUUUUCAUAUAUUUGGAUAAACAUUGUGUAUGAUACAGCUGUGUUACUGAACUGAAAGUGUACCAGCUCCAUGGAUUUCCUUCAAAUUCCCAUUACAGCUACUUGGUACCUGCAAACUGGAAUGUCAUCUCAAGAAAAUGCACAGAAGUGUGGGGGAAGACCAAGGACUGCAAAUGAAAACAGAGUUUAAUAAAUGACAGCUGUUUACUUGACCGGAAUAGAGAAGAUAGCAGAUUUAUUUUGUCAAUUCAGGCUGGACGAAGAUUUACUACAAAAAGUGCUUCUGCUGCUGACCCACAGAAUUCAGGAGCUGGUGGAGGCGUGCAGCUGUGCCCCUGCUCAUCCGCAGCAGCUCAUCUGCGAUUCUGCUUUAGUGAUUCGAGCAAAAAUAUCCAGUGAAAAGGUGGUUCCUGCCAGUGAUGAUCCUCUCGAUACCCACAAAAUGAUCCGGUAUGAAAUCAAACAAAUAAAGAUGUUUAAAGGAUUUGAAAAGCUCAAGGAUGUCCAAUAUGUCUAUACUCCCUUUGAUUCAUCACUCUGUGGAGUGAAACUAGAAGCAAACAACAAAAAACAGUACCUUUUGACAGGCCAGAUUUUAAAUGACGGUAAAGUCCUCAUCCAUUUAUGCAACUACAUUGAACCAUGGGAUGAUUUAUCCUUGUCUCAAAAGAAGAGUCUUAAUCAGAGAUAUCAAAUGGGCUGUGGCUGCAAAAUUACUACCUGCUACAUGGUGCCCUGCUCAAUCACUGCACCAAAUGAGUGCCUCUGGACAGACUGGCUGAUAGAAAGAAAGCUAUACGGGCACCAAGCCAAGCAUUACGCCUGUAUCAAGAGAAGUGAUGGCACUUGCAGCUGGUACCGAGGUGGCCCUCCCCCAGAGAAAGAGUUUAUUGACAUCAGCGAACCUUAAAGUGAUCACUUCCUAAAAAGCCUUGGAGUCUAAUUCCAUCAAAAAUUGCACGCUCACAGCUUUGAACUGCUAUCGUCUAAUGUAUCCACUGCUUAGAAACAAAAACAAAUUGUCCUGUAAAGCUAAAGUACGAGUCUUUGGAAUUGGCACUCAGGCAAGAAGAGGAACAAAUCUCCCUGGAGAUAGCUACUCCUUAAGUCCUGCUUUGUACAGAGAGGCUCAAACUGAGAAUGCUGCUCUGUGUUUUAUAAGGCAUAACAAGUUUCCUUUUUUUACCAAUAUGAAUGUAUGAGAACAUAAGAAUGGUCAGAAAUCUGUCCCUAUUUCUGCUAACCUACAGAUGGAAAGAGCUCCACAUUUUGUUUCAAAUCAUUCUGAUGAACUAAUGAAUGUCUUAUAGAACUAUUUUUUUCCCAUAUGAAAGUCUUCUGAUACAAAAGAAUUACUGUACAGUGUAUAUGUAAAGUAUUUUAACAAUCUGCUAUAAAAGAUUCAAAAAUCCUUGUUUUCUCCUUACCUUUUCAAACAAGUUGAACACUUUUGUGAUUAAAACAAUCUAUGCUCCACAUUGUUUGUUAAUUAUGUCACAGAUUUCUUUAACUACCGAGUUGUAACAUUCACUGAUAAUUAAGUUAAAACACAAACUCAAUAAUCAAAAUCCCAAUAUCCAACUCAAUAUUCUACAAGGUGUAGCUAGUCCAUAGGAAAGUAAAGGCAGAUGUUCUAAUGCUUCAGCAUUGUAUGGAAUCAACACAAAUAAGAACAGGUGAAAACUGCUUACACGUUUACAGAAACCACGUCCAUCAUCACUGCAGCUGUAGUAAUUAAUAGUGCCUCUCUAAUUAUGUGACUAGAGCAAUUUAUUUCAGCACUGUUAAAGCUUUGGCUUCAGAAACUCACAUGAAAGUAAAUGCACAAAUAUUUAAUAACAUACACUGCAAGAGAUUUCUAAAAAGCUCUCAAAUAUUUGACCAUAUUUAAUUAUAAAUUAAAUUUACAUUAAUGUUUUUUCAUUCAUGAAUGUUCAUUGUAAUCUGUCAUAAUGAGCUUGGCAACUUGUGAUCUUAUCCUAGAGUUACAAUAGUUUGCCUUCAAUUUUUGGGGGGGCUUUAACUAUUAAGAACUGAUUGCUGUAGUUAGUAGCCAUUCUCACACAUACAUAAGUUUACGAAAGCAUCUCAAUUCACAGUGGUAAAACUGCAGAAGUUAUGUCAUUCAGAGCCAAAGUUUAGACCGCUGUUCAAGCAGUGCUCGUGUUCUAGAAACUGGAUGAGAACCAUGAUCCAUGUUAUGCAUCCUACGUUUUAGUCUAAUUUUCUUUACUGGGUUUCUUGAAAAUCAUUCCUAUUUUGCCUAAGGAUUACCCUCUCAUAUUACUCAAAUAGGAAUUUAGAACUGCAAACAUUGCAAAACCAACAGGAACACUCAGCAUUAUUCCUUUGAGGGAGAGUUGCCUAUGUCCCUUAGUAGGGACAUAAAUGUUGCCUGUCAUUUUUAUUUACAGUCCUAAAUUAAAACAUCAUACAUUUGUGUUGCCAAAUACAACGCCGAUUUAGUUUUCUGUUUUGCUGAAGCCAAACAAAAAAUUACCAGUUGGGCAGUUUCAGCCACUGACACACGUGUGCACACAACUACUUACCUAAGGGAAAUAUGAAGGCCACCCCUCUUCCGACUGAUAGUGCAAAGACAACAUUGGCAGUGCUAAUUGCUGCCAGUGCUGUGCAUUUAUAUUAACAGUUCACAGACAGAUUGGAAAAAAGAGAAAAAAACAACAACAAAAAAACCAGGCAUAAAUUCUUCCUGUCAAGCCAAAACAAUUCAUAGACAAGUCUGGAAAAGAACCUCAAUAACUAUACAAGGUCCAAAUCAAGCACAUGGCUAGUUAAUAUUUCACACAUGGACAGUAUAGCAUUUGUUUCCUAAAGUAUUUUGAUGUAAUGGUGCAUUUUGAAUAUCACUCAGCAGAAAACAGAUAAUUUCUGCUUUUAAAUGAAACAUAGUUCUAUUUCUUUUUCAGUUUUAUAGUAAGUAGACCUUAAACUGAACUAACCAAACUCUCAUUGUCUUCUUUGUAGACAUUGUAAAAAUAAAUGUUUUCCUUGGUAUUUAUGAACAAACUAUAACAUGAAUUGUAUGUUAUAAUGAGUUUUUAAAAUGUUUUAUAUUUGAUCUGCCAUAAAGUAUCCAAUAUGAAGUAUUUCAAAAUUACUGGCUGUCCAGUUUGAUUUCUGUCUGAACUGAAAUCUUGCCACACUUCCCAUAAUGGAUGAUAAAAAAGAUGUUGGUUUUUUUUCAUAUCAAUAAAUAUUUCAAGAAAAGAUUUUAAGAAAACCAAA